AUGAGUCCUAAGGCAUUGCAGGUUGUGAUCUUUCUCGGUUUCUUGGCCACCUCAUGUUUCUCUCAAGCUCCAGCCCCGGCACCAACCACCACCGCUUCUCCACCGACAUCGCUUCCUCCCAUGACAGCAGAAACACCUUCUCCGGUUGCUUCACCGCCGGUUCCAGUUAACGAGCCAACUCCUGCUCCAACGACAUCUCCGGUUGCUUCUCCUCCUCAAACCGAUGCUCCAGCCUCUGGUCCUUCCGCCGGAUUAACCCCGACUUUGGCUCCGGCUCCAGGACCAGACACCGGUGCUGAAGCGCCUGUAGGCGCCGCAUGGGCUAAUCAAGCUUUCCUUAUGGGAACAUUUGUUGCCGGAGCAUUAUACGCUGUUGCUUUGGCUUAG